AAACAGGCCCCGGGUUGGUGUUUGUAAACUUGCCUCGGUCCCGGCUGGGGCAGCGGCGACCGCGGGGUUGGCACGGUGUGCUGGAGCCUGGAGGAGGCGCUGCGUAGCGAGGGAGACAGUGGGAGGCCGCGCCUGGCAGAUUUCUGAAAGAGAUCUUGAGCCUCAACGAGAGAAUUCAACUGGAAGAGCAAGACCAGCAGACUCUUUUUCUUCAGACAAUAGGCAGGAGCCAGGUGGAAUCCAGGGAUUCUUCAAACACCUAUCUUUCCUUUGGAGGACACUAAAUUCUAUUUGAAGGCAAAGGCAGUUCAAUAUGGCAGCAGGACUGAAGGGACACAGAGGAGUCGUUACAGUGAUAUGGUGACAGUUCUUUCUUCAAACGACAUUGUCUAAGGAAAAGUGGAUCAAGAAACUCCUGAACUUUUGGGUUACAUUAAGUGAGAAAUCAGCAUGGCUCAGGCAAGUCUCCUGGCUUGUGAAGGCCUAGCAGGUGUGAGUUUGGUACCCACUGCAGCCAGCAAGAAGAUGAUGCUGAGCCAGAUUGCUAGCAAGCAGGCUGAGAAUGGCGAGCGGGCAGGUAGCCCUGAUGUGCUGAGGUGCUCGAGUCAGGGCCACCGAAAAGACAGUGAUAAGUCCCGGAGCCGCAAAGAUGAUGACAGCUUGGCUGAGGCCUCUCAUUCGAAAAAGACUGUUAAAAAGGUGGUGGUAGUGGAACAAAAUGGUUCUUUUCAAGUAAAGAUUCCAAAAAAUUUUAUUUGUGAACGCUGCUUUGGAGCCUUUAGGAGCAGUUACCACCUCAAGAGGCACAUCCUUAUUCAUACUGGUGAGAAGCCAUUUGAGUGUGAUAUAUGUGAUAUGCGCUUCAUCCAGAAAUACCAUCUGGAGCGCCACAAGCGUGUGCACAGUGGUGAAAAGCCUUACCAAUGUGAACGGUGUCAUCAGUGUUUUUCUCGAACAGAUCGAUUACUCAGACACAAACGGAUGUGCCAAGGGUGCCAGUCCAAGACUUCCGACGGGCAGUUUUCUCUAUAGGUGCAAGGGGCCCUUGGUGGUGGGAGUGAUUAGAAGAAUCUACCAACGAGCGCACCCCCUCAGGUCGCUGGUCCCACCACCACCCUGUCUGUACCUGCCCCCCUC